UUUAUAUUUUAUAGAUAAACCAAAUCCGUGAAAAAGUUGUUUACAACAACAUACAUAUUUAAUGAAGAAACUUUUUAUAAAAAGUUUAACCGUACAAAAUGAGAAAAGGGAUAAACUUUACAUUAGACAAGGAAAUGUAGCACGUUAGAGUCAGGUUUGGAACUAAAACGGGAGAUAUUGGAGGAAACGGGCCCAGAUAUUAACGGGGUUAUUUUCAGACUUCAUUAUAAGGUGACCAGUAGUCUACUCCUACUAUGUGGUACUAUACUAACUAUGGUAUCUAUGUGACCAGUAGCCUACUACUACUAUGUGGCACUAUACUAACUAUGGUGACCAGUAGUCUACUACUACUAUGUGGAACUAUAAUAACUAUGGUAUCAUGGUUUGGGUCUAAACCUGUUAGUUGCACGACAAAUAGUCAGAUUACAGGGGUUGAUUUUGAUUCCUAUUGCUGGAUUCAUCCUUCUAAGAUAUCUACUCAGACAACCAAAUGGACGGAUGAAAUUAUUCAGAAAAACCUUCAAGGUAUCGGAGGUUCAAGUUCAUCGGAGGAACAUCUUUUUCACUGUCAAAACGUAAACCAGGAUCCAGAUUAUGACUGUUUAUCUCGUUCUGUUGAUUACUACCAGUUGGUCAUGCUUCAGUGGAGUGCGGUUUUUCUGAUGUUUCAAGCCCUGUGUUUUUAUGCAUCUAGAUUUGUGUGGAGUAAAUGGGAGAAUGGAACAAUGGAGUAUAUUUUGAAAACAACAGAACGUCAUGAAUCUAUAGAAAGGAAAGCUGAAAUUACUGCUCAGCUUAUCUUGUACAGAUCCCAAAGAGGUAAAAAUAAGUUGUAUGCUCUUGGAUAUAUGUUGGCUGAAUGCAGUCUAGGACUAAACCUUGCUAUUCAAUGGGCCUUCACCUGUGCUUUCUUGGGAGUAGCUAGAUAUGGGAAUCAUGUUUUUAAUUUUUACAAUUUGGGCUGGUAUUCAAUUUUCUAUGACAGGCGUCGUCUUCCAUCUAUGCUUUUAUUUCCUACCUUAUCUGGCUGUACGUAUAUGAGGUAUGGUGAAGGAGGGGGAACUACUCAAACUGAUCUGCUCUGUCUUCUACCUCUGAAUAUAAUACAUGACAAGAUCUUUCUCUUCCAAUGGUUCUGGUUUGCCCUUCUCUCUUUUCUUACAUGCUCUAAACUGCUAUAUAGGAUCUGUGUUUUUCUUUCUGCAGGAGCUAGAGAAAGGGUUCUUCGAUAUGAAAUGAGUAAAACCUCAUUGUUCAGCACUGCUGAGUAUAACUGUAUUCUCAGAACAUUCUCUAAGUCUCACUCGGAUUUUGUAUUUCUGGAGAUUUUAAAUAAAAAUGCUGAGGUGGAGUUGGUGCAGAAUACCAUGAGGAAGUUUAAAGAACUAAAGGAAAAAAGUGAAUUGUCCUUGUGAAUAUUUGCUGGAGACUCAAAUUAGUUAAUAUACUGUGUGAAACUUUUAUCUAAAAAUAGAAAAUAAAUAAAAUAAUUCAAUAUGUUA